AUGUUGUUCCCAAAAAAAUUGUUCCUCUUGGCUUCUCUGUAUUGCAGCUCAAUCUCUGCUAGGUCUUUGCAAAAAAGACUGCUGAAAUCCGGCAAAUGUGAUCUCAAAAUCACGGCUGAAAACAAUGUGUUUGCUAGCCUGGACAAAAACCUAGCCAAAGUUGUCCAACCUCGGAUUGAAGGCAAUAAAUUUUUGAAAAACCUCUGCGGAGCGCUCAAUCAAGCCAAUUGCGGAAAUGUGGACAAGAAAGAUGUGGAUGCAUGCAACAAUUUGAUCAAAAAGGCAACAACGGAUGCUUUGGGAGCCGCAAUCGCCACAAAAUGGAACAAGGAGUGUUGUAGCCAAGGGGGAGGAGGUGGCCAACAAAAAAAGAAACAGCCAGGUAAUGGUGCUCAAAAGAAAAACGGAGGCGGAGGCGGGGGCGGAGGUAAUCCCAAAAAUGGAGGUAAUAAUGGUGGUCAGACUCAGAAGAAAAAGGGCAACCCACCCUAGAGAAAGUGAGGAGUUACAAAUGAUAGAAGAGAAUAAAUAGACAAUAAAGUAGUAAUUAUUAGAUCGGCAAUUGAUUGAUGGACACAAAUCUACUAUAACAAUCAAAGCUUCAAAGCAAUUAUAUCAUUCGAUUGUACGGUUGUACCUUUUGAACAGCAGAGAAAUUUCAGUUAGCUAGUAAACUUUGUACAGAAAUCAAACAACGAUAAAACCAAAAUCAUACUGAGCAAUCAUACAUCAUUGG